AUGCCCAAGGCGACGUCUCCACGUGAGAAGGCGUUCAAGAAGGACCAGGAGUCGCGCCGCAAGGAUGUUGAGCGAAUGUUUGGAAUGCUCCAGGCACGCUGGCACGUCUUGACCCGCCCGUGUGAGCUGUGGGAUCGUUCGGCCAUGCACAACGUGGUAAUUACGUGCUGUGUUUUGCACAACAUGAUUAUCGACGACGAAAUGGACGAUAAAAUGUCCACGCUGGAAUAUUUGGACGACAUCGUGCCAACGGACCCAUUUGUUGUGACAUCCAACAUUGACAACGUGACAUUGGAUAGCCGAAUUCAAUCGUUUGCGAGGAUCAUGGAUGGUUCUGUCCACACAAAGCUGAUGCACGACUUAGUUGAGCACCGGUGGAAACUGUACAAAUAA